AUGUGGACAAUUUGCAAAGAAAUCAGAGGACAGAAUAAUGCAGGGGAAUGUGGGAUGGAAGGAGUUCCACGUGAGAUUGCACAAAAGUUCAAUUACUUCUUCAAUAAUGUUGUUCCACAGGCGUGGGCACAGCCAGAAUGUAAACUCAGGCAGAAUGACAGAUCUAUGUACCUAAAACCAACCACCCCAACUGAAAUAUUAGAAAUAGGGAAAUCACUCAAAAAUAAACAUACCAGCGGUGUUGAUGACAUACCCACCAGCAUAAUUAAACUGGCUCUGCCUGAAAUAAAUGAAGUGCUAGCACACCUUAUCAAUCAGUCGUUCAAAGAAGGAGAAUUCCCAGAACAACUCAAAAUAGCAAUUAUAAAACCAGCAUUAAAAAAAGGAGAUCCUAAAGACAUGGGGAACUACAGGCCUAUUAGUAGGUAUUCUCUCAAGCUUUUCAAAAAUAUUUGA